ACGGAGCGCGACAGAAGCCAAACAAGUGUGUCCGCGUGGUCUUUAAGGAGCCAAAUGAAAACAGAACCACAUCUUGAAAGGGCUGAAAGACAACUUGCUACCCAUAUUUCUAUAUUCAAUGAAAGGCUCUUCCAGAAUGAAGACAAAAUGAUGACAUUCAGAGCUAAACAAAAACUAACAGAACUCAUCACCAGAAGACUCAUACUUGAAGAAAUGUUACAGAAAGUUACUCAUGUCGAAGAAAAAUGAUAUCAGGUGGAAAAUUUAGAUGUUCUAGAAGGAAUGAAGAACACUGAAAAUGGUAAAUAUGUGGAUGUAAUGUGUAUGACAACUAAAGAAUGAAGGAUGAAGAGAGAAGAGGUGGCUGCUGGAUGGAGUCUAGCUCGGUUGCCCAGGCUGGAGUGCAAUGGCAUGAUCUCUGCUCACUGCAACCUCUGCCUCCCAGGUUCAAGCGAUUCUCCUGCCUCAGUCUCCUGAGUAGCUGGGUGCCAUCAUGCCCAGCUAAUUUUUGUAUUUUUGUAGAGACAGGGUUUCACCAUGUUGGUCAGGCUGGUCUCGAACUUCUGACCUCGUGACCCGCCCACCUCGGCCUCCCAAAGUGCUGGGAUUACAGGCGUGAGCCACCGCGCCCGGCCCUCACUGGGGAGUUUUUACAUAACCUUCAAGAACCAAGGUAACAUCACUUCCUCAGGAAGUCAUCCAGGACCCAUUUGCCAAAGUAAAUGGUUCUUCCAAUGUGUUUGUAUACAACCGAUUGCAUUAUAGUAGAUUAUUAAUUAGUGUGAAUUUCAUCUGCUAGAAAGUGUGCUACUUGAGGGCAGAGUCUGGAUGGGGCUCAUUCCUCUUUAAAUUCAUAAUGUCUGGCAAAAAGUGGUAACUCAGUCUUUUGUUUUGCUUUGGCUUCAAAACAAGAAUUUCCCAGUCCUUAAACUUUAUUUAUUUAUUUGAGACGGAGUUUCGCUUUUUCACCCAGGCUGGAAUGAGGUGGCACAGUAAUUACAAACUUACUAUCAGCCAUCCUGUGUAUUGGAACUGACCUUGUACAGCGGAUCUGAGGCAGAUUCUCAGUCGAUAAAGCUACCCUCACACAAUUCUUUUGGAUCUUGGCUCACUGUAACCUCCGCCUCCCAGGUUCAAACGAUUCUCCUGCCUCAGCCUCCCGAGUAGCUGGGAUUACAGGUGCCUGCCACCAGGCCCGCUAAUUUUUUUGUAUUUUUAUAGUAGAGACAGGGUUUCACCAUGUUGGCCAGGCUGGUCUAGAACUCCUGACCUCAGGUGAGCUGCCCACCUCGGCCUCCCAAACUGCUGGGAUUACAGGCAUGAGCCACCAUGCCCAGCCAGUCCUCGAGCUUUAACACUUCCCAAAUAGUAAAUACGGUGAAAAUAAGUGAAACCUAUUUUUUAUGCAAGAAAACUGUGAGUGUGAGAGUAAGGUAGCAGCCAUCAUGUUCAUGUGCUAGCUACUAACACACUUUAUCGCCAAUGCUCACAGCCGCCCUACGAGAUAAACAUUAUAAUCUCAGUUGUACAGGUAGAGAAACUGACCUUGUCAUCCAAAGUUACACACAGCCAGCAAGUGCCCUGGCUUGAAUCCCUGGCACCUGCCUCCAGAGGUCGCACUCCUAGUCACUUCACCAUGCUUCCUCGAUAUUCAUUAGUAUUCUUGCAAAUAUUUUUCGACUCCAGGUGCUUCACAUAGGUUAAUUCAUUUCCGGUUCAAUAGUGUCUGGCUUCAGUAAUUACGAACACUACCGCAUUUACCCACUGUGAAAAAUAAUUCACUCUUUCAAAGUUCCUGUAUAACCUAAUUUUCUAAUUCACUUUUGUGUCUUUCAGUUGAGGUACUCCCUACCUUUUCUGUGUCUACAUAAGCUUCCUUUCUUUCGUUUCGUAGGAAUAAAUUGAACUUAUUUUAAGAUCGAGGGGGGUACAGCUGUAUGGAAUAUAGACUCAUCUUUUUUCACUCUCUGUCACAGAAUGAAAAAGGACACCAUGAUAUAGCAGCUGAGGUGGUGGAUUAAGAUAAUUGGGGUGGGGGGGUGUGCAAAAAAAAAAAAAAAAGGAGCCUUGCUCCACCCCUGACCCGCCCCCGGCCGCCUCCCGGGGACUCAGUCCUGGAAGGCUUUGCGGAUCUCCGGGCCGGGCGGAUCGCUGCGCGCAGGGAGUCGGGGAUGCCAGGUUCCAGCUGAACAGCGGCCGCCCGCCAGAGUGCCAGUGGCUCCUUGGAGGUCGAGUCCAAGGACGUGGCUUGAAGCCGGGAGCUGGGGCGCCGGAGUCCACGCACCGGGGAUGGAGGCGCCGGGUGACCUGGAGGGACCACGCGCACCAGGAGGUGAUGAUCCUGCAGGAAGUGCAGGAGAGACCCCCGGGUGGCUUUCGAGAGAACAGGUUUUUGUACUGAUAUCGGCAGCUUCGGUGAACUUAGGUUCCAUGAUGUGCUAUUCUAUACUUGGACCCUUUUUCCCCAAAGAGGCUGAAAAGAAGGGAGCCAGCAAUACAAUUAUCGGUAUGAUCUUUGGAUGUUUUGCUUUGUUCGAGUUGCUGGCAUCCUUGGUAUUUGGAAACUAUCUUGUACAUAUUGGAGCAAAAUUUAUGUUUGUAGCAGGAAUGUUUGUCUCAGGAGGAGUUACAAUUCUCUUUGGUGUAUUGGACCGAGUUCCAGAUGGGCCAGUAUUUAUUGCUAUGUGUUUUCUAGUGAGAGUAAUGGAUGCAGUUAGCUUUGCUGCAGCAAUGACUGCAUCUUCUUCUAUCCUGGCAAAGGCUUUUCCAAAUAACGUGGCUACGGUAUUGGGAAGUCUUGAGACUUUUUCUGGACUGGGGCUGAUACUAGGUCCUCCUGUAGGUGGCUUUUUGUAUCAAUCCUUUGGCUAUGAAGUGCCUUUUAUUGUUAUGGGAUGCAUCGUUUUGCUGAUGGUACCACUCAAUAUGUAUAUUUUACCCAAUUACGAGUCUGAUCCAGGUGAACACUCAUUCUGGAAACUGAUCGCUUUACCCAAAGUUGGCCUUAUAGCCUUCAUCAUCAACUCACUCAGCUCGUGUUUUGGCUUCCUCGAUCCUACUCUGUCUCUCUUUGUUUUGGAGAAGUUCAAUUUACCAGCUGGAUAUGUGGGACUAGUAUUCCUGGGUAUGGCACUGUCCUAUGCCAUCUCUUCACCACUAUUUGGUCUCCUAAGUGAUAAAAGGCCACCUCUAAGGAAAUGGCUUCUGGUGUUUGGCAACUUAAUCACAGCUGGGUGCUACAUGCUCUUAGGGCCUGUCCCAAUCUUGCAUAUUAAAAGUCAGCUCUGGCUGCUGGUGCUGAUAUUAGUUGUAAGUGGCCUCUCUGCUGGAAUGAGUAUAAUUCCAACUUUCCCGGAAAUUCUCAGUUGUGCACAUGAAAAUGGGUUUGAAGAGGGAUUAAGUACAUUGGGACUUGUAUCAGGUCUUUUUAGUGCAAUGUGGUCAAUUGGCGCUUUUAUGGGACCAACGCUGGGUGGAUUUCUGUAUGAGAAAAUUGGUUUUGAGUGGGCAGCAGCUAUACAAGGUCUAUGGGCUCUGAUAAGUGGAUUAGCCAUGGGCCUGUUUUAUCUACUGGAGUAUUCAAGGAAAAAAAGGUCUAAAUCUCAAAACAUCCUCAGCACAGAGGAGGAACGAACUACUCUCUUGCCUAAUGAAACCUAGUCCGAUGGAUCCUGGAUUGAUACAAUGUUGAGAAAUGAAUGCUCCUGGCCUUAAACAUCACCGUACGAAGGGUUUUUAAAAUUUUACGCACAAAACUCCGUGGACCCCGUGCCAGUGUCUUGGAAGUGUCAACGUGUUUUUGGAUGAUUCUGUAUUGGGCUGUACUUACUGUGAUACUGAAAAGCAGUCCUGCUGAAGCAGCUAUAUUUGAAAUAUUAAGUAUGAAAGGAGUAAUUAAAAACAAGCAAAACAAAACAAAACUUAGUUUUUAAAUGGCCAAACUUGUCCUUAAAGAUGUUGUUAUUAACUCGAGUUAGUUCUUAUUUCCUCUGUUUAUUUUUUAUUCUAAGUACACUGAUUCUGUGAAUGUACCUUUUUUAUUAACAGGGAAAGAAAUGAAUUAAUUUGAUAUGCCCUAAAUACAUAAAGGUGCUUCAAAAUAUAUGGAAACAUUACUAUGAAAUCAGUUUUUAAAAGAUAUACUUUCUCCUUGUCCUGAGGUUUUUCGGUCUUGUUCAAAAGGAAGAAUUCUUGCCUGCCAUACAGAAACUCUCUAGCACUCCCUGGCCUUAAGCUUUUCUAAAAAUUCUGUUUGUGUGAAAAGUACAAGAAUAACAAUACUUACAACUUCCAUUUUUGUAACCUACGUUCACUUAUGAUCUAGAUUUAUAAACAUUACUUGGUAUAACGUUUUUCAUUUCCUUUAAUGUCUCUGUUUUUUGGUUCUACCAUCUGUUUUGUUUUUGUUUUUAUCUAUAUUCUUGGUAGAUGUAUUUCAUCCCUAGAGCAGGUCAGCCUCCUUCCCCUAAUGCGAAUGCUUGUUUUGUUAGGGAAGGGCUUCCUCCAACUUCGUGUGAAAUUGUGAUGUUGAAGUGAAUAAAUGUCUAUUGUGUAACUCUCA